AUGACUCUGGAGGCGAUUCGCAAGCGAGGAGCUGAGGAGUCGUCGCCUGUGCAUCAUCAACCGCCAUCAUCCGCAGCUGUGCUUGGGGCGUUUAGCUGUGCCUCACCGCGCCACCGUCUUUGGCGCGCUUGCCGAGGACGACGCGGUCCUCGAAGUCUUUCUUGUGUUCUCGUUGCGGCCACGAUUUGUUUCUUGAUCUGUUGUGUAAUCUUGACACAGACGCAAGUGUGGGGGUGGGGGUGGUACGGCGAUGAAAUAGCGCUCUUUCGCCAGCAGCAAGAGCACGACGACGCUCGUCGUCGCUUCCGAUGUCCCCUGACAGAGGCGCUUGUCUUCUCGCCCAAGCGCUUUGCCGAAGACCCCCUCGAGGCCGCUUAUGCGCUGAUGUCUCAGAUGCCCUCAACGGUUGCACGCCCACAGCCGUACGCGUUCGUGCCUGAAAGUGUCACGCUCGAUGGUGGCGCGUCUGAGGGGAAUCUGAAUAGUGUAGAGGCGCUGUCGGCCUACUGUGCGGCACGCGUCGCGGAGAGGCCUUCAUGGAGGACCGCUAGCUGGCAGCAGGCAAGCGCGUCAAACGCGUCCGUGUUCCGCGUGCAAGUUGCGCCGCGCUACUUGGCGAACGCCAGCUACGCUGCCACUGGUAGCCCUGUGUGCCUCCGUGCUGGCCGCAUCUACCUGACGGAUGCGCGCGUCCGUGCCGGGAUUGCCGAGUUUCAGGCUGCUGAGUUGACAGUUCUUCCCUUGACAGACGACAUACUCUCAAGACCGUCUUCUCGCGCCUCUGAAGCCGCAGUGCGGGUUGUGCCAGCGAUGGCGGUGCUUCUUCACGGAGCGUGGAUUGCCACCCACUUUUUUCACCUCGUCACCGACGCCCUUGAGGCGCUCCGCAGCACCUACCAAACCUGGCAGGACGGCGUGCUGCUGCGCAUCCCCACGCAAACGGUGCUGCUGCAUCAGCCAGAGUCGAACUGGAUGGGCCGCCGCGUGGACACACAUAGGCGGAUGGAGCUAAGCGCUGCGUUGGCGAACGCAUUCUCGUCGCCGGAGCUGGCCCGCGGGUCUCCGUACAACAGCUCAUUUCUUUUCCGCUCGAAAUCCCGUCAUUGUGCAGAGCUCGAGGCAAACGGGACGACCACAAUGGCGUCGCCGCCGCCGCAGCGACCGUCCCCGGCCACUGCGUCCACUCUGUGCUUCUGCGACGGCCUCCUCGUGACCACACACCGUCUUCCCGUGCUCGAGCGGGACAUUCUUUACGGUAUUCAGGAUUGGGCCGCGCGGCAGUUCCGGGCUUCGCCGUACGGAGUGAAUCGGUCCGUGCAGGCGAUGGAGCGGCUGCGGUUGCAGCACGCAUCGCUUUUGUUGGCCCCGACGUUGUGGCGCACCGGCACGCGUACGACCUCUGGAUUGUCUCUGUCGUAUAGGCCACGAGCGCUACUUGUCCACCGCGCAAACCGGGUGAUCGCAAAUGCGUCUCGCUAUGCAGGGUGGAUGCGGGCGGCGGGGUUCCGUGUGGAGGAGGUGUACCUGGAAAAACACACGACUGCACAACAGUAUCAUCUAGGCCGCUACGCGGACAUUGUGGUGGGCAUGCACGGGCUUGGCCUCGGCCACGCAAUGUGGAUGGAACGCUCGCCAUCUCGCUGCCGCACUAUCAUCGAGUUCCGCCCAUGGGUGAUUGCUUCCAUGCCAACACAGCCCGUGCUCAUCCUUGAAGGCGCCAUGGAAUAUCACUUUGUCGUUAUUCCACCGAUUGACGUGCGCUUUGGCCCGUCGGUUGCGAAUCCGGCAGAGGAGCGAGAGCUCUUGUUGUCAUCGGCGCGGAUGGUCAACGCCUUUCGCUAUCCAAGCUUCACCGACCAAAUCGCCAUCUACGAUGACGAAAGGGUAAAGCGUGUGAUUGCGGAUGUCCGUCAGCAUCUCGAGCGCUGCCUGCCACCGUAG